AUGCCUGACUUCACUGGCCUUGAACUGACCGGCAAGACUGCCAUUGUCACUGGUGCCUCCCGUGGGCUUGGUGCAGGUAUCGCCCUUCUUCUUGCCAAGCGCGGCGCAAACAUUGUCGUCAACUACAUCAGUGAUGGCAGCCGCGAGCGCGCCGAAAAGGUUGGCAAGGACGUCGAGGCCCUGGGAGUGAAGUCCAUCGUGGUCCAGGCCGACGUCGGAAAAAUGGACCAGAUUCCCAAGAUUAUCGAUGCUGCUCUCAAGAUUAGCAGCACUGGAAAGAUUGAGAUCCUCAUUCACAAUGCGGCUCUCGGUCUUGAGGCCAACCUGGUUAACACAACUGAGGAAUUAUACACCACUCACUUUGAUGCUAAUGUCAAAGGCCCAAUCUUCUUAACCAAGGCGGCGGAGCCUUACCUGCCUCAGGGAGGCCGCAUCGUCUUCAUCUCUUCUGCUGGAGCCCGUCUCGGUGUUGCCGGCCAAACCGUCUACGCCGCUACUAAGGCUGCAGACGAGGCUCUGGUCCGUGUCUGGGCCAAGGAGUUAGGUCAGUCUCAUGGCAUCACAGUGAACUGUGUUAACCCAGGCCCUAUUGCAACUGAUCAAUGGUUCCAAAGUGAUGAACAGUUCCUCAAGGAUAUGCAGCCUUUGAUUGAAUCGACCCCUGCUGCGCCCCGUGUUGGAGAGGUCAGUGAUAUUGCACCGCUUGUUGCCUUCCUUUGCAGCGAUGAUGCCAAGUGGACUACUGGUUCAGUGCUGUCCGCCAAUGGCGGCCUCUAUAACUAA